CCGCCCCCUAUGGAACGUAGACGGCGAGUCAGGUGACUGCCGCACUCCGCUGCUCCGCAGGCAGAAACCCGCGGCAGUUCUGAGCUCGUCAGAAGGGAUCUCCGCCGGUCGGUAAGAGUUCACUCAGCUUCCAAAGCCCAACAUACAAGGCUGGUAUAAGGAGAGCAGAUCUGGUCAAGUCGCUGAGACGCUGAGCAGAGAGUAAUGUUGCUGAAGACAGUGCUCUUGCUGGCUUUGGUGAGCCAGGUCCUAGUGCUGGAGAAUGGGCUCCUGCGAAAGCCUCCCAUGGGCUGGCUGGCCUGGGAACGCUUCCGCUGCAACACCGACUGUGAUGAGGACCCAAAGAACUGCAUCAGUGAGCGGCUCUUCUUGGAGAUGGCUGACCGGCUGGCACAGGAUGGAUGGAGGGACCUGGGCUACAUAUAUCUUAACAUUGAUGACUGCUGGAUUGGUGGGCGUGAUGCCACAGGCCGCCUGGUGCCUGAUCCCAAGCGCUUCCCUCAUGGCAUUGCCUUCCUAGCUGACUACGCUCACUCCCUGGGCCUGAAGCUGGGCAUCUAUGAGGACAUGGGCAACUUCACCUGCAUGGGUUACCCAGGUAUCACACUGGACAAGGUGGUCCAGGAUGCUCAAACCUUUGCCGACUGGAAGGUGGACAUGCUGAAGUUGGAUGGCUGCUUCUCAACCUCCGAGGAACGGGCCAAGGGGUACCCCAGUAUGGCUGCUGCCCUGAAUGCCACAGGCCGCCCCAUCGCCUUAUCCUGCAGUUGGCCAGCCUAUGAAGGGGGCCUCCCUCCCAAGGUGAACUACAGUCUGCUGGCAGACAUCUGCAACCUGUGGCGCAACUACGAUGACAUCCAGGACUCCUGGAGCAGCGUGCUGUCCGUCCUGGACUGGUUUGUGCGCUACCAGGACAUACUGCAGCCUGUGGCAGGCCCUGGGCACUGGAACGACCCAGACAUGCUGCUAAUUGGGAACUUUGGCCUCAGCUUUGAGCAAGCCCGAGCCCAGAUGGCCCUAUGGACAGUGCUGGCAGCCCCCCUCUUCAUGUCCACUGACCUGCGUACGAUCUCUGCCCAGAACAUGGACAUUCUGCAGAAUCCACUCAUGAUCAAAAUCAACCAGGAUCCCUUAGGCAUCCAAGGACGCAGAGUUCUCAAGGAGGAGAGGUCUCACAUCGAAGUGUUCGUGCGGCCCCUGGCCGACGAGGCCUGCGCCAUAGUCUUCUUCAGCCGCAGGACCGACCUGCCUCAUCGCUACCGCUGUUCCCUCGCCAAGCUGAACCUCCACAGCUCCAGCACGUAUGAGGCCCAGAACGUCUACACGGGUGAUGUCAUCAGUGGCCUCCAAGAUAAAACCACCUUCACAGUGAUCAUCAACCCUUCAGGGGUGGUGAUGUGGUACCUGUAUCCCAUCAGUAAACUGGGGCUGCCCCAGCAAUGAGCUGGGACAUGUGACAGGCUCUGGUGGCACCACCGAGCCCAGACCAUGGAGCUCCCAUGGGCUGAGGGCCAGUAGCGGGGUUCUCUGCUACCCAGGCCUGCUCAGCUACUUGACCCCAUCAGACCCAAAGUGCAAUCUCAGGGCCUGGUUCCAUGCCCUGCUCAAGCGUGAACCCUCUUGGAAACUUGACUUGGGGCCAUUUCCUGUGGCCUUUCUGGCUUCUACCUCAUCUGCACAGCCCCACAGAUAUUAACUGAAGAACCCCACGAGCCUCCUGAGCCCCCACUGGCAAGAAUGCUGAUACCUGUCAAGACACCAGUCUCUUGUCUUUUUUGUUGACUCUGAAAUCGGGAUUUGUUUCAUAUAAUUCGGAAUGACCUCUCUCAUGAAUUGUGUGAUUGUCUUUCCUGCCUGGAGAAGGCCUUGCUGGCUGACACCUCCUAGAAGUAACCUUUGUUCCCUCAGGUUACCAAUAAAGCUGUUCUUUAGUCA